UUGUAAUUGUCAAAAAAAUCCAAACGUAAAUUGACACUAAAAAAUGGGUGACAUAUCAUCCUCAACUACCUUCUAUAUUUUGCUGCUUUUCGUGUCCAUUUAUGUGUUUUCAAUAUCCUCGUAUACUUACAUAGCCUCGCUAUCGAAUGUUGAUCUAUGGCAGAAGAAGAAAAACGAUAUUCACUUGACACGUCUGAAGCGAGACGCCACACUGGUAGAUAACUGGACACAAAAUAUUACAAUCAAUAUUUGCUGCCCCGAAAAUUAUCGGUUGAAUGAAAAAUUUGAAUGUGUCGAAGCAAAAAAGGGAAAUUUCACCGAACAAUAUGAAGAAGUAUGGAAAAAUCUUGUAGUCGAUGGAAAUCUGGCAGAAAGUUUCAUAAAUUCAUCCAGAAUCAUUUUGAAGUACAACAAUAGCAACUUCCUUUCUGCUGACGAUAAGUACGUGGUACAGUGGAGUUCAACAAAACCGGCCUCUCAUUAUUUUUCUCAACAAGAUGGUAGUCUUUUGGAGCUGAAUCUCAAACAGCACGAGGUACUUUCGAAGUUUUCUUCUGCUUCAUUCUGUCUUGAUCGAAUCAGAAAUGCAGAAAGAACCUUUGUGGCUAUUGUGACGCCAUGCGAAGAAGUUAUGUGCAUACAAAAAUGCUGCAAAAAAGGCUUUUACUACAAUACAAUUCAAAAUAAAUGCUUUGCUGAAAAUGAAAACCAGAUGACCAGCUUCAAGCCAACAUUUUUCAAUAAAAUCGAGGAAAUAGGAAUGAAUAUAUCACACUUUAUAAUAGAAGGGGUUCCGAAAUGUUUUGGCCCCGAUACUCAGAUCAAGAUUUACGAAAGUCCUUCACCAAUUUAUGUACAAUGGAAUGGUUCUCUGUUGACAGUCGACGAAUUUGAAAAUGUUUACUAUUUUUACCACGGAAAAAAAUAUUGUAUUGAUUUGUUUUCUGAUGGCACAAAAAAUAACACCUAUGUCAAUGGGUUCUACUGUCAAAACGACACAAUGGUCAAAUAUCCUUUUGGAACCAAUACUGGUAUGCCGAAUCUUGAACCGAAUGCAAUAGUGGAUGCUCAGAAAAAAGAAAACUUACCUGAGGGAAAAGUGGAAAAUUUGAAAGAUUCAAUUGGAGAAGCUUUAGGGAAUGUUGGCAACAAAAUUGGAAAUGUUGGGAAAAAGAUUGCCCAAGUUGCUGUUGCAGCAAAGGAUAAAACGAGUGAGGUCGGCAAAAAAGCAGUUUCUCGUCUGAGCCAAGCACGUAGCUGCGGCGAAAUGUCAGUUACUUCUAUGAUUCUUGGAAUGUUUACCUUGGUUAAAUAUGUAUUUUAAAUGUAUGUUUACUUCAGGUCAGAU